UUUUGUUCACAACAAGCGAAAAAAUCCAACUAGUUUCCAUCAAAUCUUUUAGCUUUUUCAAGAAAAAAAUUAAAACCCAGUUUUUUUUUUUUCCCUUUUUCUGAAUCACCCAUCACCAUGAAUGGUGAAAAAAACCAUUCAAACAAUAGGGUACUUAAAUUAAAGUACGUUAAACUUGGUUACCAUUAUCUCAUAACACACCUUUUAAAGCUUUGUUUAGUCCCUUUAAUGGCUGUUAUUAUCGUUCAAGCAUCGAGGUUAAGCCUUAAUGACAUCCACCAAACAUGGCUUCACCUUGAACAUAACCUUGUCUAUGUCGUCGUGUUGUCGGCUUUCGUUUUGGUCGGGUCGACCGUUUACUUUAUGACCCGAAAAAGAUCCGUUUAUUUGGUGGAUUAUGCCUGUUAUCUCCCUCCUUCGAAGCUAAAAGUGGAACACGACCGGUUCAUGAAACAUUGUAAGCUAAUGGGUUGUUUUGAUGAGACCUCUUUGGUGUUUUUAGACAAGAUUUUGGGAAGAUCAGGGCUUGGAGAAGAAACAUGUGCACCAGAAGCAAUGCAUUGUCUUCCACCAAAACCAUCAAUGGAGGCUGCAAGACAAGAGACAGAACAGGUGAUGUUUGGUGCUUUAGAUACCCUUUUUGCUAACACUAAUGUUAAGCCAAAAGAUGUUGGGAUUCUUGUCGUUAAUUGUAGUUUAUUUAAUCCAACACCUUCAUUAUCUUCAAUGAUUAUCAACAAGUAUAAGAUGAGGGGUAAUAUUAAAAGCUUUAAUCUUGGUGGUAUGGGAUGUAGUGCUAGUGUUAUAUCUGUUGAUUUAGCUAAAGACAUGUUACAAGUUCAUCGGAACAAUUAUGCCAUUGUUGUUAGUACUGAAAAUAUUACACAAAAUUGGUAUUUUGGUAACAAAAAAGCAAUGUUGUUACCAAACUGCUUGUUUCGAAUCGGUGGUGCUGCGGUUUUAUUAUCGAAUAAAUCAGUGGACCGACGAAGAAGCAAGUAUAAACUUAUUCAUGUGGUACGUACACAUUGCGGUGCUAAUGAUAAGGCGUUUAACUGUGUCCGACAAGAACAAGAUGAUAUUGGGAAAACAGGUGUUUCAUUGUCUAAAGAUUUGAUGACGAUUGCUGUUGCCAACAAGUUGAUCAAUGCUAAAAUCAAGCCUUAUAUCCCGGAUUUCAAGCUUGCGUUUGAACAUUUUUGUAUACACGCCGGUGGGAGAGCCGUGAUCGAUGAGCUCGAGAAGAAUUUGCACCUUCUCCCGGUACAUGUUGAAGCUUCUCGUAUGACGCUUCACAGGUUCGGUAACACCUCAUCGAGUUCGAUCUGGUACGAGCUAGCCUAUAUGGAAGCGAAGGGUCGGAUGCGGAAGGGGGAUCGGGUUUGGCAGAUCGCUUUCGGGAGCGGUUUCAAAUGUAACAGUGCAGUUUGGUUGGCACUCAAGAAUGUUAAGCCAUCAUAUAAUAGUCCCUGGGAAGGUUGCAUUCAUAGGUAUCCAGUGCAGCUUAGCUUGUAAUGGGAUUAAUCAGAGCGAUUUUCAAUGUUUAUUAUUUUGAGUGCUUGAAUUUUUAAGUUGAAAUAUGUCAUACCUUCUGGACUUUUCACAAAUAUUUAAUUAUUGUACUUUUAUUUUCAGAAA